UCUCCCUCCAAAUUUAAAACUAACAUCCAAACCGCACCGGAUUCCUCAACCACCACCACCACAAUCUUCCUUUAUUCUUUCAACAUCACAACUCACUCCUCACAAAAGUCCCUUUCGUCUCUUCCUAAGCCCCAACUUUCCAUUUCCAUCUCGCCAUGUCCGUAGUAGAUUUCGUCGACCCCCACUCCUACGCCUCUGCAUGUCAGCCACUUACCACUCACAUCUCCCUUUUUCUCUACCUUGAUUUCCCCACCUCCACCAUCCACGGUGCCGCCCUCGUCACCGUCUCCGACGAACACAACGGCCCUUUCUUUCUCGAUACCCGCUUACUCACCAUCCAUCAAGUCCUCAACGCCCAAACCCUAGCUUCUCACCCCUGGUCUCUCUCCCCCACCGUUGACCCAAUCAAAGGCCAACGCCUCGACGUCCCCCUUAACAAUGAACGCGCCUUCUUAAUUUUGUUCUCAACCUCUCCCUCCGCUUCUGCUCUUCAAUGGCUCUCGCCUCCUCAAACUUUCAACAAAGCUCAUCCUUUUGUUUACACUCAGUGCCAGUGUAUUCACGCGCGCUCCAUUUUCCCCUGCCAGGACACGCCUGGCGCGCGUAUUUGUUACAAGGCGUCCCUGAACAUUCCCAGUCAGCUCUCGGCUGUGAUGUCCGCGCAACACGUCGAUCGGCGCGCGCCCGUCCCCGGCGAGACGAAGAAGUUUGGCAGCAAUUUGUUCAAUUUUGACUUUGAGUCGUUGUGGUGUGCUGAGGGACGAGUUGUUGAAGUGUUUGAAAUGAACCAGCCCAUUCCGCCUUAUUUGUUUGCUUUCGCUGUGGGAGAGUUAGGGUUCCGUGAGGUGGGGCCCAGGACGAGGGUUUAUGCGGAGUCCGUUCCGGCUGUGUUGGACGCGGCAGCGCUUGAGUUUGCGGGGACGGAGGAGACGAUAAGGCAAGCUGAGAAGUUGUUUGGGGAUUAUGAAUGGGAGAGAUUUGAUUUGUUGGUUUUGCCUCCGAGCUUUCCUUGUGGUGGGAUGGAGAAUCCAAGAAUGGUGUUUUUGACCCCCACAGUGAUCAAAGGUGAUGCUAGCGGGGCUCAAGUUGUAGCCCACGAGCUUGCGCAUAGUUGGACUGGAAAUUUGAUUACUAAUCAGACCAAUGAGCAUUUUUGGUUGAAUGAGGGUUUUACAACUUAUGCGGAGAGAAGAAUUGUUGAGGUUGUUCAAGGAGAGGACAUAGCUGCGUUAAAUAUUGGGAUUGGUUGGAGGGGUUUAAAUAGAGAAAUGGAGAGGUUUAAGGAAAACUUGGAGUUCACGAAGCUCAAAACUAAACAGGAGGGAGUGGACCCUGAUGAUGUGUAUUCUGAAGUGCCGUAUGAGAAGGGUUUCCAAUUUCUAUGGCGCAUUGAACGUGAGAUUGGAAGGCCUGCAUUUGAUGAAUUCCUCAAGAAAUAUAUUGCCUCAUUUAAAUUCAAGUCAAUUGAUACUGAGACAUUCCUUAAGUUUUUGGUAGAGAAUGUCCCUGGAAUAGAGAAACAGAUUGACUUAGAACUGUGGACUGAGGGCACUGGUAUUCCUCCAGAUGCCUAUGAACCAGUUUCCAGUGUAUAUACGAAGAUCGUGUCACUUGCAAACGAAUUUAAGCUUGGGAAGAUACCAAGGGAGGAUGAAGUUGCUGAUUGGAAGGGGCAGGAAUGGGAGCUCUACUUGGAGAACCUGCCCAAAUCUGUUGAAGCUUCACAGGUAUUAGCCUUGGAUGAACGUUAUCGACUGUCGGAAUCAAAGAACUAUGAGGUGAAAGUAGCAUUUCUCCAGCUGGCCAUUCUGUCCAAGUGCAGAGAUUAUUACAGCGAGGUGGAGAAAACUUUGAAGGAAGUUGGUAGGAUGAAGUACCUUCGACCACUCUACAUUGCUCUUGUACAAGGAGCCGGAAAGGAGGAAGAGAAGAUCUUGGCCAAAAGGGUGUUCAGCGAGGCUCGCGACUGUUAUCAUCCUAUCGCUCAAGGCGUUGUGGAGUCCAUCUUUGCCAAGCACUUGUAGAUAGUAAAUUAAUAACAUUCUGACUGAAUAAGUUUAAGGUGUGUUUGGCUUUGCCGUAUCUUCUGAAAUUCCAAACCUAAGCCUUUUGAUGUAUCUAGGAAGGCAAAACUAUGACUACUGAUUUAGCUAGACGUCUGAACUUAUUAAAGUGUGUUGUGUUGAUAUUUGGCUCAUCUGAUAAUGGUGAGGAUUACUUA